GCUGUCCCACGCCAUCGUUAAGCCUUACGAGAAUUCCCAACUUCCAUCUACAGCUUAAACCCAUCGCACUAUGCUACCCAAUGCCUAUUUUCGUUCAUCCCUACAAGGUCUAUCUAUGUUCUAUACAUUUUCCAGUGGCAUUAAUUACAUCAGCAUAUAGUGAAUAGUGAAACCGUAUAAGCCAUUUUAAUAAUAUGCAAACACAUGCCCCGGUAGUUAUACACAUCGGCAUGGGAUUAUCAUCAAUCAUCGAUCUAAUCAUAACUUCUCAUUGGCCGUAUACGAGUAGGUUCUAUUUUGGUAAUGCUGCCGAGCCAAAUGAAGUAUCUUCCAAAUGGAUGUAGUAGAUGUAGUAUGAAUCUAGGAGGCUCAAGUAAAUAGAUGAAGUGACCAGGCUAUUCGACAUGUAUAAUAUAUAAAGGUCACUCAUCGUCCUUCCAUACCUCAAACACAACCAACAACCAACAGCCAACAGCCAACAGCCAACACUCAAAGGCAUCUGUCAUUCAUUUCUAAGUAUCACAUUCAUUUCGAAACGUCUUCACAAUGAAGCCAAUCACUUUCCUUACCACCGCUCUUUUCCUCUCCCUAGGGACCUCCCUGGUCGUCCCGGUCGAGGACAUCGUCGAGAUAACCGAUCUAGAAAACUCCAUCGACAUCCGGGAGAUCGAAGGAAUCCUCGAGGACCGCUCCCUCGAGGACCGCGCCGUCCGUCCCAAGUUCACUCUCAAGGGCUUCCCCCGCAGCGCGACCUGCGCGCAGGCGAAGUACAGCACGGCGCAUAUGCACGACGCCGGCGAGCAAGCCGGCAAGCUCAAGACGCGCAACAAGGCGAUCGGCACCGGGAAAUACCCCCACGUCUUCCACAACCGCGGCCAGGAGAUCAGGAACUUCGAGAGUAAGUGCAAGGGCUCGCUCUACGAGUUCCCCAUCCUCCAGAACAAGAAGGUCUACACCGGCAACGACCCAGGCACGGACCGCGUCGUCGUCAACGUCUCCGCCAAGAACAAGAAGACCGGAAAGGUCGACAUUACCUUCUGCGGCUUGAUGACCCACACCGGCGCCGCCAACAGGGGCGCCUUCGUCGAGUGCCACUGGAAAUAAGCGACGCGCUGAUUUCGAGGGAGGCCUUGGUUCUCGGGACUUGUUGGUAGAGCGGAGAGUUCAGGGGUGGCUUGCAGGUUCAGGCUGAUUGUUAGGAACAUGUAUAUACGAUGGCCUAUCAGCGAUAGGAUUUACAAUGCCCGGGUGGUUGGUUCUGUAGCCCAGGCGGUUUUGUGGCCCAGGUGGUUCGGCAAUCCCGGUGGUGAUUACUGAUUACCACGGGGGAGCUUUUAGCAUGUAUAAAUGAUGGAGGGUUCGAUCGCAUGUAGCUUAGCAUAGGGACAGGCGUUUAUAGAUUCACUCUUCUGC